AUGACCCAGGAUGCCAAAAUUCCAAAGAAGGUGAUCAUUGACUGCGAUCCUGGCAUCGAUGAUUCGUCAGCUCUUCUUCUUGCACUUUCUCCGGGUAACCUUGAUGUGAAGGCCAUAACUACAGUUUCUGGAAACUUCGUUGCCAGUAAGUGCAUGCAAAACGCAAAGAAAGUUCUCUCAAUGAUUGGCCGGUUUGAUAUUCCGCUUGGUCAGGGACCAGAAAAGCCCCUAGUUCGUCCAUAUCCAAAGGAUCCGUUUUUCCAUGGUGGAGAUGGACUUGCUGACUUGAACAUGCCAGAACUUGAAGAAAGUGGUUGGGAAAAGCAGAAAGAUCCGAUGGUGGCGUCGGACCUUAUUUGUGAGACGGUCAACAAGUACAAGAACGAUAUAACUAUAGUCUGCCUUGGACCUCUGACGAAUGUUGCGUUAGCUUGCAUUAAAGAUCCGGAGCUACCAAAAAAGGUUAAGCAGGUGGUCAUGAUUGGAGGUUCGUACGGAUUUUCGCCCGUUGAAGCUCUCCAUGCUACAGGUGAUAACCCAGUGAGUGAAUGGAACGUUUACGUAGACCCAGAGGCUGCUAAAAUUGUCUUCGACAUGAAGUUCAACCUUGUGGCGGUUGGUAUGGACAUAUUCUGCCAGCCUUGCAUUGCCAUGGAUAAGGAACACUGUGAAAUUCUCGAGAAAAGUAAGUCCCCAGCAGCCAAGUUUGUCAUUGGGGUCCUUAACUUCCUCAGAAGACGUGGAUUUGGUGAUUAUUGCGCGUUGAUUGAUCCAUUAGCGGUCGCUUAUGCUUUGGAUAGUUCCAUAAUGGUUAAAUUAGAUCAAUUAUGA